GGUGCCACGGCCCUGUACUGGGCAGUGCGUUACGGCCAUUCAGAAGCUGUUGACCUUUUGGUGAGGGAAGGAAACGCUAACGUCAAUCAGACAAGGAAGUUUGGAUUCGUCGCGCCCAUCGUGUUGGCUUCUGUGCUGGGCUUCACGGACACAGUGUCCAUUUUAUUGGAGUUUGGGGCCGAUCCAAAUUUUGCCAUUCGGGGUGGAGAGAGACCCAUUCACCACGCAGGGAGAGAGGGAUUCUCAAAAAUAAUAAAG